AUGUCUCCACCACCGACAGUCCAAGGAAAUGUCGGCCGCCUGGAGGACAUACCCUGGGCUGCCGCUCUCCUCGCCGAUGAAAAUUUCGUGUUUGCUCCCACAACUACGCGAAUACCCAAGGACUCUGGAGAAGAUUCAUUCAUGGCCGAGACGCUCAAUACCGAGAGGACCGUACGCAGCUGGGUUACCCAGCACACUCUACCUCAAGACAACACCCGUUUUCCAAUCAGCGAAGCACGCGCCUUCAUCGACGUCGGCGACGGUCUGAAUGGCUAUCCUGCCACCAUGCAUGGUGGCAUGAUCGCUGCCCUUAUGGACGAACUCACUGGCUUAAUCCUUAAUGUCAACAACGAUCACCAAAAUCACUUAUCGGGCGCCAACAAUCCUCUGAAUGUCAUGACAGCCUAUCUCAAUGUGUCUUACAAAAAGCCAUUGCCCGUUCCUGGUGUUAUUCUCGGCACCUCUAAGAUAGAAAAGGUCGAUGGAAGGAAGUUUUACCUGCGUGCGACCCUGGAAGACGGAAAUGGCCAGGUUUAUGCUGUUGGCGAGGCGCUGUUUAUUGAACUGAAGUCCAAAAUCUGA